AUGUUUGUAUCUGUGUGUCUGUACAUGUGUAUGUAUGUAUCUGAGUAUUUCCAUGUCAAGGAGCUGGUCCUCACGGCAAGCCGAAACCGCAGUCACCCACAUGAAGACUACCCCACAGUGAAGAUCUUCAAUGACCUCUCAGCGGCAACGCUGAAAAAACAACGGGCGUUCCAACAAGUCGCAGAAGCUCUACGGCAACAUGGCACCAAAUACCGAUGGGGCUACCCGACCAAGAUGUUAAUCCAACAAGGAGGUGUCUUCAAACCCGUCCAUACCCGAGAGGAAGGCAUUAAACUUCUAAAAGAAUGGGGCAUACCGCUUAACCCGUCAGAGUCUGCUGCACAGCCGAUUAAGAAGACAACACGGGAGUGGAGCGUUGCCCGCAAGAGACUUACCUAA